ACGCCGCGUCCUGUGGUUGGUAGAAGCCCGAGUCGGUGCUUCAUUCUUAAGGUUCCCCGCCGGAUCACAGGCUGCGGAGGGUCAGGCACCCGGGCGCUGCUUUUAGGCGGAGCGACUUUGGAUCUCCGAGCCGCGCUCCGCCCGCAGCUAUCUUUGUGUGGUCUGUACCAGGAAUGAAAUCAUCUGAAAGCUCAGAGCAGAAACCUUUUUGGUCAACAUGGAAGACAAAAGAAGGCGAGCCCGAGUGCAGGGAGCCUGGGCUGCCCCUGCCCAGAGCCAGGCUGCUGCGAAGCCAGCUACCACUGCUAGGAGCCAUCUCCAUCAGACUUCUAGUCAGACCUGGAGGAACAAGGAGCCUCAUCUGUCUGACAGAGAGUUUGUGUUUAGAGAACCUCAGCAGGUAGUACGUAGAGCCCCAGAACCACGAGUGAUUGACAAGGAGGGUGUGUAUGAAAUCAGCCUGGCACCCACAGGUGUAUCUAGGGUGUGCUUGUAUCCUGGCUUCCUUGACUUGAAAGAAGCUGACUGGAUGUUGGAACAGCUUUGCCGGGACGUCCCCUGGAAACAGAGGAUGGGCAUCAGAGAGGAUAUAACUUAUCCACAACCAAGACUUACAGCAUGGUAUGGAGAACUUCCGUACACUUAUUCAAGAAUCACUAUGGAACCAAAUCCUCACUGGCAUCCUGUGCUGAGCACCCUGAAGAACCGCAUUGAGGGGAACACUGGCCACACCUUCAACUCCUUACUCUGCAAUCUUUAUCGGAACGAGAAGGACAGUGUGGACUGGCACAGCGAUGAUGAACCCUCACUAGGGAGGUGCCCCGUCAUCGCUUCACUCAGUUUUGGCGCCACACGCACAUUUGAGAUGAGAAAGAAGCCCCCGCCUGAUGAGAAUGGAGACUACACGUAUGUGGAGAGAGUAAAGAUUCCCUUGGAUCACGGGACCUUGUUAAUCAUGGAAGGAGCUACCCAGGCUGAUUGGCAGCAUCGAGUGCCCAAGGAAUACCACUCCAGAGAACUCAGAGUCAACCUGACCUUUCGGACAGUUUAUCCACACCCUUGAGGGUGCUCCUUGGUGAUGGAGGUCCUGGCUAGAGGAGCCUCAGUGAGUCCAGCCACGCCAACGCUGAGCAGCCCUUCCUCCGGAAGAAGCUUGAGAGGCUACUCCAGCUGGUCUCAUGAUGUGGCUGUUUGGAAGAUGGUGGCAUUGCUUCCCAGCUUGGAGUCCUAUUAAAUGAGAGCCACCAGCAGUUCAUGUUGGUAAUAUGUCUGCUGUGGGAACGGUUAUUCCAAAGCACAUCUCAAAAUUGCACAUUAUCUUUAGGCAAAUUAAAACUGCUAUGGCUGUGCUCACGGAUGAUUUGGUCCAGAAGCUGCUUUUCUUCUGCCCUCCCCCUGUAAUUUGAAGAAAUACAAAUGGCCUUGUGCCUCUGGGGAGAAUCUGCACGUGUUUAUUCCUAAAGACAUUUGCGAAGUGGAGAUACAAAUGUACGUCAGUAACUCUGGAGCCUUCCGUAGGCAGACAGCUGCUGAAACCCAAACAGAGGUGGCUUCACGGGGCUUUGUUGAAGUCUGUCUUGGCUCCCUAACAUCUCAGCUUGUGUGUUAUUGCAGUGGAAAGCUGUGUUUUCAGGGGACACUGUGUUUGACUGAGCCUCGUGGCCUAUCAGUCUUCCCAGACCCAUUUAGACAGAUUCCAGGCCUCCGCACAGAGUGAAGGCAGUGCAGCCAGGCACCAGACUACCUGUAAGACCAGAGGAAACUGUCUCCUUAAGGGAAGGAGUGACUGAGCAUGUCGUGAGAAGUAGCAGGCUGAAAUUUGGCUGGAGAGAACAAAUAGUGACAGCUGUUCCACAUAGAUUAGCUUCCCCUAGAGAAUUACUUGAGUCAUUUAAACCCAAGCCAGAUCGAACAGGGAGCAGUCCUGCAGGGAAUAGACUCAAUUACCUCAUGGUUCUUUUCACCUUAGAUUUCAGUAGUCCCAUGACUGUGACUCAGUGUUCCCUUACACCCAAGUUCCCCAGGUUCAAGGGUUAGUCUGUGAUGUCACCAGGGUUCCCAAAACAGAACAGAGUGACUGCCCCUUUUUGCAUCAUAAAAGCACGUGUCUCCUUGAUCUCUGGCCCUAGGAUCAGUGUGCCACAUUAACUCCAAACAAGAUGUGGAGCUGAGAGAAAGACAGUCAGUUUAAAUGGAUGAAAAUAGGGCAGGGGAGUCAUGUUUCUCUGUCUGCCUGUGGGAAAAUUCACAGCGUCUUCUUGCUUCUUGUCCUCUUUCCUGCUGUAAGAUCAGUGAUCCUGUGAUCAUGGUGAGGUGCCAGAAUGGGCAUGCUCUUACCCAGAGCUCGGGUGUGACUCCAUGCCUGGCUGGGCUCUGCUCUCCACGGGCUCUCUAGCUCCUUGCCCUGGAGUAUGUUUUUUGAUUUUUUUUUAAUGUGUAUAGCUCCUUUUUGUAAGAAAUACUAAGUGCUUCACACAAUUGAACAUCGUACUGUGCCUUCCUGGGAGGAAGGUACAAAUCACUGUAAACAUAAAAUAAACCCUCUAUUUAAUUCCUAGCUGUUCUCCUAUUAAACCCAACAAAACUGCCUGGGGUGGUACAGCCAGUUUUGGUUAUGAGUUUGAUUCGUGACACUGGGAAAUUCUUCUCCUAUUCUUUACAAAUGAAAGAACUGGCAGAUGGUUCCAAGCUUCUAUCAUCCCCCCUCCUAAUGUAGGGUCGCUGUGUCCUCUUGCAUGGGCUCUGCAUUUGAUCCCUUCACUUACCCAUGUCUGUCAGGGAGACAGAUUCCCCUCUCUGGCAGAAGUGCUGGGCUACCACCUGUUUUCUCCAUCAGCAGCAGAUCUUACCUUUGGUUUCUUGCUGUCACUAUAGACUAAAUGUGCCAUGACUACCAUUAAUUUCCACCCCUGAGAUAGCAUCUCUUCUGUAAUGUCAAAUUAGUUUUUGCUAUAGAAUAAAACUGCCAAGUUUAGGAAUGGACAGGAAUCCCAGACCCUGACAAAGGACAGCCCUACUCAGUGAUGCACCAACCUGUUGCAGUGUUUCACUGAUAGAUCUCAUGCCAUAACUCGCGUCAAGCUAAUUUUGCUAAUGUUACACAUAAAGCAGAGGAAGCAAGUAUGACAGCCAUAGCAUGAAAAAAAACAGGUUUCGGAGGUGUUUUUAGGCCCCACCCCCACCCUCUUAGCACCAGCAGCCUGUAGGCACUGCCCUAGGAGAUUUGAUACAUAAUCCCUGAUCCUCCCCCUACCGCUGCAAGAGAGGUACCAUUCCCCUUGUAGACAUGAGGGAACGCAAAGUUAGUCUAACAGAACUUUCUGUUAACCUGUAUGCUGUGUGCUCUGCCUUACUGGAUUGAGGCAGAACAGUCAACAAGCAUCCCUAAGAGCCUUAUUCUAGCAGAGAUGGCCACAACCAACCAAAGGCCAUGUAUUUGUUCCCUGUUUGUUUAUUUAUUUAUUUGGCAUAGAUGAGCCUUUAAUUUAUUCAUUUGUUUAUAUGCGGUGCUGAGAAUUGAACCCAGUGCCUCACAUGUGCUAGGCCAGCACUCUACCACUGAGCCACAACCCCAGCCCCUGCAUCUUAUCUCUUCUUAAUCAAUAUUAGCAUCUCUGAGUCAGAAACUGUGCCUCUAGGGCUGGGGCUGGGGCCGAAUGGUAGCGUACUUGCCUGGCAUGUGUGAGGCACUGGGUUUGAUUCUCAGCAUCUCAUAAAAAUAAAUAAAAUAAAGGUCUAUCAACAACUAAAAAAUAUUUUAAAAAAAGAAAAAUAAAAAGAAACUGUGCUUCUAAUACUGGACCAGCAAUUGGCCAUUUAACAGAAGCUCUUUGAUGGGGGGACAGAAUCCAAUUGCUGGAUUUAGAUAAAUGCUUACUAAUCUUCCUGACCAUACCAAGCUUGAAACUUCCCAGGCAGGUGAAGUUUUCCUCUUUGAUCCCUUCUUCCCUCAUUCUCUGUGUGUACCUUUAGGGACCCUGCACCGAUGCCUAAGCUCAGUGUGAGGCUUCUUUACAAUAUUUACCAACAUCACCCUCCUAGGCAGCAGACAGCGCAAAGAAACUGGUCAGGCUCCACACUAGGAAUGUCUUAUUGCCUCCUGUGACACUUAGCAACAGAUUGUGUCCUCAGUAGAGAAAUCAGGUUCUGCUUUGAUCCAUGUUGACAAAACCUCUAACUUACUUGGUGAUUCCUAAUAAGUUUAGGUCACAGCUCAUGGGAACCUGCAGUUUCCUUGGGGCACUAGCUCCCGACUGCCUCCCUGGCUGCCGGGCCCCUGCCCUUGUGACAGCAGUUCUGGCUGAACCUGGUCAGGAACUGGCACUACCUUCUGGGCAAGCCAUGGCAGAGGGAGUUAAGUAGGCCCUGCCAUGAACAGAAUGCUCCCACUGGAGGGUUUCAGAGAAAUCCCUGACAAAUGAUGAGUUCCUGCCCUGCUGGGAAUAUUUCUUCCUUGAGUUCUGGCAGCUUUUUCUUGGCUGCAGAAUAUCUAAGACCCACUUUGCCUUUUCUGGUCAUAAACACUUGUAGUGUUGAA